AUGGAUAACGUCGCCCCAAUCCGCAUUAUUAAUGAGAACACGUUCAAUAACAUGGGCAUUGGCCCUAGGCAACGCCAAACCCGACUCGAUGAGGAGAGCAAUGAAAUAGGAGAAGAAAGUGAAGAGGAAGAUGGAAGUGAGGAUGGAGAAGGUGGUGAUGAAGAAGGCAGUGAUGAAGAAGGUGGUGAUGAAGAAGGCAGUGAGGAAGAAGGAAGUGAGGAAGGAGAGGAGGCUCGGGACUUAGAUAGGGGACCUCCUACUACACAUGAAGACCACCACAAUUGGGCCACCCUGGAAACUCGCAUGGCCAGGAUUGAAGAGAACCAGGCCGCCCUGAAACAGGAGAUCAAGGAGAAUCAGGCCUAUCUGAAAUAG